UAGCAAGUAGCCACUAUCUGCCACGCAGGCCUUUUGAUUCCAGUUAGCAACUAGAGGGUUAUAUCAAUCUAGCUGCUUACUACUAUUUUUAAAGGAGUCAUCUGCUCUUCCCUCGGAAAAUUCGCUGUAUUUAUACCUAUAUAUAUCCUUUUCAACUACGGAUCUAAAUCAAAUAAAAGAUAUACUAUUUUUACACUUUGGACCUGUUGGCUUGACUAAUCACCAUCACCAUGGCUGCACGAAUUCCCGUUAUCCUCUGCGGGAAGACUGAGCGGAUUGGUACCGCGGUCGUCAAAGGUCUAAAGCCCGAAUAUGAAGUAAUCCAAUUCGUCAUGACACCCGAAUCCGGCGCAGUACAGAUCCCGGCCCUUCUAAGAGGCGAGACGAACGUGUCUUCGGAUAGCGAUUUGGGAUCUCAUGAUUACUCGCGUGGAGUCAAGGCCAUUAUCUUGGGCGGUGGAUAUGAUGAUCAAGAUCUCAAGAUCUUGCGGGGGGCAGCGCAGGGCAUUAAGCCCCUGCCAUGGCUAAGGCCGGAUUUGUCAAAGCCCGCACCGCCAUUGGGGCCAGCGUAUGGGGAGGCAAUGGUGGAGAGGGUAAAAGAGACGUUGAAGGGGUUGCGGGAUAAUGGGAAGAUGGAGGAGGAUGGGAUCAUUUAUUAUUAGUCGAUUGGAGUUGAAUUGGGAUUUUUCGGAUUAUGCUAUAUAUAAAGAAAUGGUUAAGAAUAUAUUCUGGAUAUAGCCAAGGUAGUCUAGUAGUUCUUUCAAAGAAAUGAAUUCUGACCAGGUCUCUGAGAUCCCCGUCAGGUCUAUCACCGCGAGAUUGGUGCAGGCCAAAAAAAGGGGCA